GGGCGCGGUCGGGCGGCGGCCGGGGCGGGACUGCCGCCAGCCCAGGUGCGGCGCGGCUCGGCCUGCGGGCUGCGCAGCGUUCCUGAGCUGGGACGCCGGGGAAGCGCAGCGACUGGUUUUCUCUCGCUGCGGGCACUCAGAAACUUCGAGUUCUCUGUUCUCAAAAUGCCGCAUUUCCAAAGGCGAACCCUGCAAAAGCACAGUACAGAAAUGCAAAGCACGUCUGUUUGGGGUGGCCGUUUCUUAGACUUUUCAGAUUGACUCCUGAAUCGUUUUCACACUAAUCCAAGAUGUCAAUACAAGGCAUAAGUACACAUUUCCUGGCCCAGACCUGGAGUCAUCCAUUUCUCUAAGAAACUUUGAUUCCUUUUGGUGGGAAAUGGUAUUUGGAGACAACAAAUUGAGUAAGGCAGAAGAGAAUGAAAGAAGUAGAUAAUCUUGAAAGUAUAAAAGAAGAAUGGGUUUGUGAAACAGGAUCUGACCACCAGCCUCUUAGUGAUAAUCAACAAACAAAUUGUGAAUAUUUUGUUGACAGUCUUUUUGAGGAAGCUCAGAAGGUUGGUGCCAAAUGUUUGACCCCGACUGAACAAAAGAAACAGGUAGAUGUAAGUAUAAAAUUAUGGAAAAAUGGAUUCACAGUCAAUGAUGAUUUCAGAAGUUAUUCUGAUGGUGCAAGUCAGCAGUUUCUGAACUCCAUCAAAAAAGGGGAAUUACCUUUAGAAUUACAGGGAGUCUUUGAUAAAGAGGAGGUGGAUGUUGAAGUUGAAGAUAAGAAAAAUGAAGUAUGUAUGUCAACGAAGCCUGUGUUCCAGCCCUUCUCAGGACAGGGUCACAGACUGGGAAGUGCCACACCAAAAAUUGUUUCUAAAGCAAAGAGUAUUGAAGUAGAGAAUAAAAAUAAGUUGUCGACUGUUCCACUAAACAAUCUGGAACCCAUCACUAAUAUACAGAUCUGGUUAGCCAAUGGGAAAAGGAUUGUCCAGAAAUUUAACAUUUCUCAUAGGAUAAGCCACAUCAAAGACUUCAUCGAAAAAUACCAAGGAUCUCAAAGAAGUCCUCCCUUUUCCCUGGCAACAGCUCUUCCUUUCCUCAAAUUGCUAGAUGAAACACUCACACUGGAAGAAGCAGAUUUGCAGAAUGCUGUAAUCAUUCAGAGACUCAAGAAAACUGCUGAACCUUUUAAAGAACUUUCAUAACAUUGGUUUUAGAUACACUAAGUGGAAAGUUUCCAGAGAAAUGAUUGUAAGUGGACAUGCAAACCAAAGUGGGGGAAAGUCAGAUUUGCUGGGUUUGGCACUAUUCAGCUCCCUCCUGGUGAGAUUUUUAAAUAAGUACAAGAUAGCAGCUUAAACUGUGACUGGAAAGUGUAUUCUGUGAACUUUUCCGGAAGGCUACCCAGAAAAAUAUACUUAUUUUCAAAUACCAAUUAUUCAACGUAACGAUAUAUUAAAUAACUAUAUCAUUUAAAACCUUAAUAGGGUAUACAUUAGCAAAUAGGUUCACCACAUCUUUCAUUCAAACAUCAUUCCCAAGCAGCAGUGACUUAUUUAAAUGUUAACUGUCUCAGAUUUUUUAAAAUAGAAAUACAUUAAAAAAAAUUGUACAUGGCAGGUCAAAAACAUCAGUAUAAUUUUUUUAUAUCUGAUAUACAAUCAAAAGGCUGGAAGGAACUGCUUUCACCACAGCUAUGUGUAAACCUUCAAAGUAUUCCCAAUUUGCAUUCUGUAAUGUUAAGAUACACUCAGAUAUUAAUUUGGCAACAGUAUCUGGGAUGUAUUUUCAUUAAGAAUAAAUUUGUGUAGCUUAGUAUAAUGUCAGUAUCAAUCUGCCUACCCACAUUUCAGUAUUUUUGAAACAUACAAAUUUUUAAAAAUUAUUUCUUCUCUAGGAACCCCAGUUCAUCCCCUAUUUUAUUUUCUUUCAGAAAUUAGGGAUUUGUUCUUAGCUGACAUUUGGAGUGGGCCAGUUGUUUGCCAUCACUCACUGGGAAUCUAAUGCUUGUGUUGUCAUAUUACUAAUGAAUAUUUUUUGAAUGCGUCAUGUAAAGUAUGGUUUUCUAUUCCA